GGAAGAAGGAUGGCGCUGCCACCUCAAGCUGUCAAUGUUAUCUCUAUGUGCCGCUCAGAAAUGGCGCUCUGCUGACAAGACACGCCGAGGGGAGAGCGGAGCACAGCCCGGGAGAGCGAGGGGAGGAGACCGGGGGGUCACAGGGCAGGACGGCAGAUGCCUGGGAAUCCCAAUUUCAUGAUCGCAUGCAGAGGUCUGAGGGGGGGCAUCAGAGGGGAGAAUCAAGGGGGGAGGCAAAAUGAAAUACCAGAAAUACCUGACUGUGCUGCAGAUGGCGAUUGGGGUGACUCCUUCAAACAGGGGCAACCUGCUACCUUAUAAAAGAAGGCUAUGGGUCACCCCAUCAUCUGAGAACCCCAAUGCUGCCACUUCUAGCACAAGUCAAGGGAAACCAUCCCUACGAAGAAUAAAGGGACGGAUCCACAGAAGCAAAAGUUUGGACAGUGUUGACCUCUGUGAGUUUAAUAACACUGUAAUGGAAGAAACCGCAAUAUGGGAGCAGCAAACAGUGACUCUUCACAGGGCCCCAGGAUUUGGAUUUGGGAUUGCAAUAUCUGGAGGAAGAGAUAAUCCACAUUUUCAAAGUGGAGAAACCUCUAUUGUGAUCUCAGAUGUUCUAAAAGGUGGCCCAGCCGAAGGCCUGCUGCAGGAAAAUGACCGUGUUGCAAUGGUCAAUGGGGUUUCGAUGGAUAACGUUGAGCAUGCUUUUGCAGUCCAGCAGUUAAGAAAAAGUGGAAAAAAUGCCAAAAUUACAAUCCGGCGGAAGAAAAAAGUGCAGCUUCCAGUAUCUCGUCCUGACCCAGAUCCGGUUUCUGAGAACGAGGAGGACAGUUACGAGGAGGAUGUGCCUGAUCAUAGUGCCCUCAGUGGUCCCAGUGCCAGCAGAAGAAGUGAAAAGAGCUGGGUGAGAGACAGAAGUGUGAGCAGAGACCGGAGUUUAUCACCCAGAUCAGAUAGAAGAUCCGUUGCUUCCAGUCAACCUCCAAAACCUACCAAAGUGACCUUGGUGAAAUCUAGAAAAAAUGAAGAAUAUGGAUUAAGAUUGGCCAGCCAUAUUUUUGUAAAAGAAAUAUCCCAAGAUAGCCUGGCGGCAAGGGAUGGAAAUAUUCAGGAAGGAGAUGUUGUGCUCAAGAUUAACGGCACAGUCACUGAAAAUAUGUCUUUAACUGAUGCAAAAACAUUGAUAGAAAGGUCAAAGGGCAAAUUAAAAAUGGUGGUUCAAAGAGAUGAAAGGGCAACUCUGCUUAAUGUCCCAGAUCUGGAUGACAGCCUUCAUUCUGCAAAUGCCUCAGAGAGAGACGACAUCUCAGAAAUUCAGUCGCUGGCAUCGGAUCAUUCCAACCGUUCACAUGACAGGCCUCCUCGGCACAGCCGUUCAAGGUCUCCUGACCAGAGAUCAGAGCCUUCAGACCAUUCCAGACAUUCUCCACAGCAGCACAGCAACAGCAGUACCCGAAGCAGAGAGGAUGAACGAAUAGCAAAGACUGGAACCAUGUCUACACCAGUUAAAAAUACAAAUAGCUUACCACUUUCCAGGACCACAGAGGAGCCAUUAGUGGACAAAACGGAUAAACAAACACCACCUCUUCCAGAACCAAAACCAGUGUAUGCUCAGCCUGGGCAGCCAGAUGUAGACUUGCCGGUCAGUCCCUCUGAUGGGCCGUUUCACAAUUCUACACAUGAAGAUGGAAUGUUGAGGCCGAGUAUGAAACUGGUGAAGUUCAGGAAGGGAGACAGUGUUGGGUUACGUCUCGCAGGUGGUAAUGAUGUUGGGAUUUUUGUGGCCGGCGUUUUGGAGGACAGUCCUGCAGCUAAAGAAGGCUUAGAAGAAGGCGAUCAAAUUCUUCGAGUAAACAAUGUGGACUUCACUAACAUAAUAAGAGAAGAAGCAGUUCUUUUCCUACUUGACUUACCCAAAGGUGAAGAGGUGACUAUUCUUGCCCAGAAAAAGAAGGAUGUUUAUCGACGAAUUGUUGAAUCGGAUGUUGGAGAUUCUUUUUAUAUCCGGACGCAUUUUGAAUAUGAGAAAGAAUCGCCCUAUGGGCUAAGUUUUAAUAAAGGCGAGAUCUUCCGAGUGGUGGAUACACUCUACAAUGGGAAGCUGGGAUCAUGGCUGGCCAUCAGAAUUGGCAGAAACCACAAAGAAGUGGAAAGAGGGAUUAUCCCAAACAAAAACAGAGCCGAACAGCUUGCAAGCGUGCAGUACACUCUCCCUAAAACCGCCGGUGGAGAUCGUGCAGAUUUUUGGAGGUUUCGUGGUCUCCGUAGUUCCAAGAGAAAUCUGAGAAAAAGCCGAGAAGAUCUUUCUGCCCAACCUGUCCAGACAAAGUUCCCAGCAUAUGAAAGAGUCGUCCUCCGAGAAGCUGGAUUUCUCAGGCCUGUGGUUAUCUUUGGUCCUAUUGCUGAUGUUGCACGAGAGAAGCUGGCGAGAGAAGAGCCAGAUAUUUAUGAGGUCGCAAGGAGUGAACCAAGAGACGCAGGCACUGACCAGCGAAGCUCUGGAAUCAUCCGUCUUCACACUAUCAAGCAGAUUAUUGACCGGGAUAAGCAUGCUCUUCUUGAUGUGACUCCAAAUGCGGUAGAUCGCUUGAACUACGCACAGUGGUACCCAAUAGUUGUGUUCCUCAACCCGGACUCCAAGCAGGGUGUGAAGACCAUGAGAACGAGGUUGUGCCCUGAGUCGCGCAAAAGUGCCAGAAAAUUAUAUGAACGUUCACACAAACUACGCAAAAACAAUCACCAUCUUUUCACAACUACCAUUAAUUUAAAUUCUAUGAAUGAUGGCUGGUAUGGAGCACUGAAGGAGGCUGUUCAACAGCAACAGAACCAACUGGUUUGGGUCUCAGAGGGCAAAGCAGAAGGUGGCACAGAUGAUGAUCUUGAUUUGCAUGACGACCGUCUAUCCUACUUGUCAGCACCAGGUAGUGAAUACUCAAUGUAUAGCACUGAUAGCAGGCACACAUCUGACUAUGAAGAUACAGACACAGAAGGUGGGGCAUACACUGACCAGGAUCUGGACGAGACUCUUAAUGAUGAAGCUGGCACUCCUCCAGAGUCUGCCAUCACUCGCUCCUCUGAACCUGUCAGAGAUGACACAUCAGGAAUUCAGGAGAACCAAACCUAUCCUACUUUUCCACCUCAGCCACAGCCAAUUCAUAGAACUGAUUCUCCUGGGUAUAAAAAUGUAGCACCUCAACAGAAAGCAGAUGCCUUACCUGCAGCCCCUUACCUUUCUCUGCCGUCUGAAACACACCAUGCUACUUCAACUGCUGCUGUAAAUCCCAAUGUAAAUCUAAAUAAUGUCAGAUUGGAGGAACCCAACCCUGCCCCUUACAGCUCUUACCAAGCACAAGCUGGCCCCUUGCGAUCACCAAAUACUGAGGCAGCUCAAAUUAUGCUAAGAGACCAAGAGCCUUCAUCUUUACCAGUGCACAUAGACCCAGCAAAGGUUUACAGAAAAGAGCCAUAUGCUGUGGAGGAAAAUCCUAGGCAGAAUUAUUUGAUGAAGCAGCAAGUACUCGGCCAUCAAAGGCAUGAAAAAGAGACCAAUUUGAGUUUUGAUUCCCUGCCUGCAUAUGCAGACAAGCCACUGAAUAGAGAAUAUGAUCACUCUUACAGAUACGACUCCUCUGUAGAUUAUGUCGAUCAGUUUCCACACAAUUACGAUCCUCGUAUACAUUAUGACGAUCAUGUGCCUACUUAUGAUGACCAGUGGGGUUAUUAUGAUGAUAAGCAAUCAUAUCAACAAAGGCCGCAGUUUGACAGCAAACAUCCCAGGGACUUCAAUGUUAGGCAACACUCAGAAGAAAACCUGGAACAUAGCUAUUUUCCCCAGCAGCCUCGAUUUGAGGAGCCGCCUCCAGCUGCCUAUGACAAUCGGCCACGUCCACCUAAAAACUACAAGCCUCCUCAAGUACUUUAUGAUGAACCAACUCCAGCAGAAUAUGAUAUGCAUAUAAGAUACAAACCAGAGCCCCAAUCCUUCCCUCCUGUACCCUCAUCAAAGCCUGCUGAGAAAACACAGUAUUUUGAUCAACAGCCAAGGAGCUAUGAACAUACCCCACCCCAAGCAUUUACCACUAAACCCGGGCAGUAUGAUAUUUCUCCUAGGCUUGAGACCAUGCCGCCUCCAGCACAGGUGAAACCAGAGCCUUUGCCAUCAAACACUAAACCAUUACCGGCUCCUCCAACUGAAGAUGAGGAUGACCCAGCCAUGAAGCCACAAUCCGUGCUUACCAGAGUGAAGAUGUUUGAAAACAAGAGGGCCACCCAAGGGGAAAAGAACAAGGACAUGAAUGACAUAUCCACCAUAAAGGCUCCCGAAGUUGCACCUAAACCCAUAAAUGUUCCAGUAAAUGCACCAAAAGCAGCCCCACUGCCUCAUUAUGAACAAGAAAAGCCUGCAUAUAGAGUUCCUGAACCACAGAAACCUCAGGUGAAGCCUCCAGAAGAUAUAAUUCGCUCCAAUCACUACGAUCCUGAUGAAGACGAAGAGUACUAUAGGAAGCAGCUCUCGUACUUUGAUCGAAGAAGCUUUGACAAGCCCACUCCCCCGCUGUCGGCAAACGUCCUGCCUGAGCCUGCCAAACCCGUGCAGUCUCAGAGCCAACUUAGCUUUAACAGCUACCCCUCCAAGGGAAAACCUGCAGAUCCCGAGCCUCUUGACAGAACGGUUGGUGAGAAACGCUACGAUCCGGUUCCACAGGUUACACCCUCAUCACAGUAUAGCCAGCAGUCUCCAGUGCUUGUGAACCAUUCAACGCAUUUGAAACACACACUUCCGGAAAUAAACUCUGUGUCGGUGGACAUUCCAAGUUCCACCUUGACCAAACCAGAACCACCACCAGCGCAGGCCAAGCCUACGCUUUUCAGACCUUCUAAUCGGGAGGACACCGUGCAGUCAAAUUACUUUCCCCAGAAAAGCUUUCCAGACAAAAGCCCCAUUAAUGGCACAGAACAGACGACGAAAACGGUUACACCAUCCUACAAUCGCUUUACUCCAAAGCCUUACACGAGUACAGCCAGGCCCUUUGAACGCAAGUUUGAAAGCCCCAAAUUCAACCACAAUCUUCUGCCAAAUGAAGCACAAGCAAAACCUGAGCUGCCCACCAAGCCUCAGAAUUCUCCCCAGCCUAUUUUAAAAUCGAGUAAUGCCGUAAUGCCACCGGAGCUGGACGUCUCAUCCAAACCAGCGGAGAGCAAGCCUAAAUUUCAACCAAAUAAUGUUAAUGCAGUGCCUAAAGCGAUUCCAGUCAGCCCUUCAGCACUGGAGGAUGAUGAUGAAGAUGAUGUGCACACGGUUGUGGCAACAGCUAGAGGCAUUUUUAACAGUAAUGGUGGUGUACUGAGCUCAAUAGAGACGGGCGUUAGCAUCAUAAUACCACAAGGAGCAAUUCCUGAAGGAAUAGAGCAGGAAAUUUACUUCAAAGUUUGCAGAGACAACAGCAUUUUACCACCCCUAGAUAAAGAAAAAGGGGAGACGCUGCUCAGUCCCUUGGUUAUGUGCGGACCCCAUGGAUUAAAAUUCCUGAAGCCGGUGGAGCUGCGCCUACCACACUGUGCGUCUAUGACUCCUGAUGGUUGGUCUUUUGCUCUAAAAUCAUCCGACACCUCGUCGGGUGAUCCAAAACACUGGCAGAAUAAGUCCCUUCCAGGUGAUCCCAACUAUCUUGUCGGAGCAAAUUGCGUGUCUGUUUUGAUAGACCACUUUUAAGCCUCGGUUGCCGUCAACAGGGAUAAUGUGAAGUCUGAUUGGACCUAUUUAUCAUUACACACAUUGAGUAUUAACUGAUUUUUACGCAACGAUGGGACUCAAUAGUGUUAGUAAUUUUGCCUGAACUUAGAUUUUACGGAGUAGACUUAAAAGCCAUGGUCAGAAUACCGGCCUCCCUACAGGCAUGUGAAGGUCGUACCGGUUAAAACGACUUCCUUGUCUUUUAUGAUUAAUGCCUUUUUACGUUGCAUAAGUUUGUCUCCAAAGGACCAACGCUCAAACACUACAAAACAGCAAUUAACAUGAUUCCUAUUUUCCAACUGUUGCCUGCCACCAGUCUUUUUUUUUUUUUUUUUAACUAUAUUUUUUCUUGGUAAUGUUGGAAUUUGAUGAUGAAGGCUAGCACUUUUUUUUCCCCGUAAGAAAAUAAACCUAAAACAAGUAUAAAAGUUCCAAAACGUUUAACUGUUGGUGGGAUCCCUAAGCAUAGUUCAUCUCUCUGCUAUGUGACUCUGACACAGCGCUAACGCUGUGGUAUAAGAGUCCAGCAGCACCGAGCUGAAUGUUGCCAAAAUAGCUUGAAAAUAUACAUUAUGAAAAUCUUCCGCGACUGUAAAAUUUAAAAUACACCCUGCCGUUUUGCUGACCACGUACCACGAGGUCUGUGUCUAUGGUUUGGUUUGGCAGCAAUAUGGCUGACCGUGGUUCAGGUGCUUCUGUGGAUCUGUGAUAUAACCGAUUACUACAUGCAUUUAACCAGCAGGGAUGCCUUACCCUCAUGUUAGGAUAGUCCUCAUUAUCCUCGUUCUUUCUCUCUCUAUUAUGAAGUUCAUAUGGCUUUCUGCGCUUUUAUUUUUUCUAGGAUAAUGUAUAAUGACAAAAACUUUUAAGGAGAGAAAAAAAAAGAUUUAUUGUGAACUUAUAUUUGAAGUGAGCACGAGUGAGAUUGGAUACUCCUCUCUUCUGCGAUCCAGGAGAGGCGAAGGAAAGAGUUUGUUUUUCUGCUAUGCAUUUGAAAAAUUCUCAAAGAUGUUACAAUGCCUGUACAUAAACUGCGUGCAUACCACUUUCUCUUUUUUUGGGGUUUUUCCUUUGUGUUUUUUUUUCUUUUUUUGUUUGUAAAUUUAACUUUUUUAAGCUUUACUUUUUGUAUAAAAAAAAAAAGAAAAUUGAACGUUUCUUAAGGAUACCUUUGUACUCAUACCUUUUUUGAGCCUUGAACUUUGUAACAUCUGCAGCAAUAAAGCAGCAUUUCUACAGUACUCGCCAUGAGAACAUUUUGAAGCGAAAUGCACAAAAAUUGCUAUCUUUAUAAGUGCUGAGCAUAACUCCUCAGAAUUCUCUAGUUUGAUUAAUAUCUUAAAAGUAUCCCUGCUGCAAUUUGUGAUAAGGAUGCUGUACUAUGUGCCCUAAAAUGUAUUUUUUUACUAAUAGACGAUUUAUUAUGGCACAUCCGCACGGUCUCUUUAGAAGAUACAGCACUGCAUUCUCUUAAUCAGUUAUAAGUUCUUCACGUGUGGCUGAUUUAAUUUUUUUUUUUUGUUAAUUUUUCUUUUCAUUUGCAGUUAUAAAUUACACAUUUCUAAGUAUACAAAAUAAAACUGGUUUUAAAAUAAAAAAAAUAAA